AAGGAAUAAAAUGAUAGUUUCUAUAAAAAUUCAUAUUUUAAUUUUAUUUUUAUAUAUCUGCCGAGAAAGAGACACUUAAAAGUUAAAUAGGUACAUGCGACUAUAUACAGAGUAAUAUUUGUAUUGUGUGCUGUGAACUAUAGUGAUAUAACAUUUUUUAGUCAAAUGAAAACCUACUGUUUCUGUAAAUUAUUAUGUAGGUAAUUUUUUUGAUAAGUUUGGUGUUUAUAAAUCGAAAUUUAAACGAGUUAUUUUUGAGUUAUUAAAAUGUAUUUACUAAGGAUAAUAAUCCUUAAAAAUGGUUUUAUAAAUCUAUAAAAUAUGAUAUAUAAUAUUAAAUGUUGAUGAAUUAAUAUUAAUUUUUUUAAUUUUAAAAUUAUCAUAGCUCUUUAGUUCGCAAAGUUAAAUAACUCUAAAUUUUGUAUCGCAAUAGAGAACACUCUUCAUUAUAAAUGAUAAUUUAAGGAUGAACAUCUUUUUUAUCCAGUUGUAUAUAUUUAUCUAUAAGUAUCUCUUUCUCAACACGUGAUACAUAAUAUUGUAUUAAUUAAUAAUUAUUGCCUCUAUAUUUAAUAGUUAAUAACUUGUACAGUACGGUGUGAAUAUCACUCUGUAUAAUAUGACCGGGCAAACGGCCAAAACUAAUGGUGUUUAUAAUUAUUUAUACAACAUAUUUUAUUGUUGGACAGUGGACAACGGAAAUAUCCCCACUUUUUUACUGCACAAAUUAUUGUUAUUAUACAUAUACGUUAUACUAUUAUACAAAUGUACACACACGACACGCAUGUAUCUGAUUCUGCAGAGGCAAUUUAUUAUUAUUAUUAUUAUAACUAGUAUUCUUUGUCAUUGCUAUAUUAAAUAAAUACGAUUGAAGCACUGUUAUAUGAGUGAAUAAAAAACGGCCAGUCGUUCGCCGGCUACCACGUGCGCCGUUUGUCCUAUCGUUAUUCUAACCUGUCCCAGCGCUAACUAAACAAUAAUAAUAUCAUGUCUCUGUUAUUAAUGUCUUGGUAUUUUGUAUGUUUCGUUACAGUCAUUCUGUUAUUGAUCGCUCUCCGUACGUGUAGGAAACCAAAAAACUAUCCACCAGGGCCAAAAUGGAUACCGUUUGUGGGAAAUACGUAUCAAUUAGCUAAACUAUCGUCUAUCAAAAACGGCCAAUAUUUGGCUUUUGAGGAACUUCGAAAAAGAUAUAAUUCUGAUAUUAUUGGGUUGAAAUUAGGACGUGAAUACGUCGUUAUUGUGUUUGGAAACGAUCUAUUGAGUGAAACAUUUCAUAGAGAUGAAUUUCAAGGUCGGCCUGAUAAUUUUUUUAUGAGACUCCGGACAAUGGGUAAACGUAGAGGUAUAACAAUGACCGACGGAGAUCUUUGGAAAGUACACAGAUCGUUUGCGGUCAGACACUUGAAGUUACUUGGUUUAGGAAAAAGAAGGGUGGACGAAUUGAUUUAUGAUGAAUAUCAACACAUGGUACAACGUCUAAUUGAUGCGACAGGAAGUGUGACGCCGACCUUAUACUUGCAAUCAGCUGUAAUGAAUGUUUUAUGGGAGCUAACAGCGGGAACUAAGUUUGAAGACCCUAAGUUGUUAGCGUUAAUGAGGAAACGAAGUUCAGCAUUCGAUAUGGCUGGUGGGCUGCUUAACCAGAUGCCGUGGUUACGGUAUUUGGCACCUAUCAGGACGGGUUACUCACUCAUAACUGAUAUCAAUCAGCAACUUUAUUCCUUGAUAUCUAAUAAUAUUGCGGAUCACAAGCGAACAAUAACUGACACUACCAGGGACUUUAUAGACGCAUAUUUACAUCAAAUGAAAAAAGAAGAUAUACACAAUACAAUGUUUACUGAAGAACAAUUGAUAGCUGUUUGUUUGGACUUAUUUAUUGCUGGAUCAUCAACAAGUAGUAGUACAUUAGAUUUUGCUAUAUUAGCUAUGGCUCGGUGGCCAGAUGUCCAGACUAAAGUUCAAUCUAUUCUGGAUGAGAUCCAACCUCCGGGAACGUAUAUUACAGCCGAACAAAUUCUUAAAAAUCGAUAUGUGGAAGCGGUGCUUUUAGAGACGAAAAGGCUGAAUCAUGUAACACCAAUUAUAGGUCCUAGACGUGUGUUGAGAAAUACAAAUCUUAAUGGAUAUAGUAUACCUAAGAAUACAACACUUUUGAUGAGUUUAUAUUCAGUACACCACAAUCCGUUGAGAUGGGAUGACCCUGAAGUAUUUCGCCCAGAGAGGUUUAUGGAAACAAACGGAAAACUCAAUACAACUGAAGACAUGUAUUUUUUUGGAUUUGGAAAAAGACGAUGUCCUGGUGAAGCGUUAGCACAGCGGUUUGUUAGUUUAGUAUUUGCCAACUUAAUACAUGACUUUAUUAUCGAAAUCGAUAGGUUACCCGAUGGAGUAAAUUGUGGUAUACUUAUGACACCAAAGCCUUACAAAAUAAAAAUGUCUAAAAGAAAAUGAA